AAAACCUAUUAAAACGUAAAGCGGAUGAUGAUUACUACCAUGCAUUGAAAAAACAUGCGCCAUCAACCUUCUGUCAUCCAAAGUGUUGGAAAGACGAACAAUAUUCUCAAAAACCUCUCUACUUGAACCAUCGUCCUGCAAAUGCAGAAGGAGAUCCCAUUACACUCUUACAUCCUCUGUUUGCAACUUUCUAUGAUGAUUGUAAAACAAUACAGCCAACUCGAACUGAUGCCAAAUUUGUCAUGGAAAUUACAGAUCAUAUGCCUGAAGCUUUUGCAGAUGAAAAUGCGAGAAUGAUAAAAUUUCAUGAAAUUUAUUAUAAACAUUAUAAGAUGCAACUGAAUCAGGUCAAAGUAGGCAAUUGUACAACUGAUGGCUCUGGUUUUGAUACAGCAGGACAUCUUUUGGUGGUUAAUCUAGAAGUUAAACCGGAACUUGGCUUAGGGAAUGGAUGUCCUUACAUCCAAGGUGCCUCCUACUAUGGAAUAUAUAUUGCAAAUCUUGCUAAAUCAUUUAAGACACAGACUCGACUGCCAUGUUUCCUAUUAUACCUUGCAGGACCCUAUAUUGGCAUUGCUGGGAUUAUUUUGGCAGACAGUGUGACAUGCAGUCCUCUUACACCUGUUCUCCCUUUGUUACACCUAUGUCAUGAUAAGCAAGCCAUGUUCCAAUUAGCACAAACGUUUCAUGCUCUCAACAAGGCAGUAGUCUCAUUGCAAGGGGUAUAUAACCAAGGGCCUCCACAAAUUUCUCCUACCCAAAGAUCUUUCCCAUAUAUUAAUUCUUUUAAAACAUUAGACGGACAAAUGCUUGAAUUUAAUUACAAAUCUAAACUUCAUGGCUUAGUAUUUCAUGUUGAAAGGAGUAAUGAUUACAGCUGUACACUUCCAAAGGAUUUACUUGUGAAGUUUGCACAGGAUUAUGGAGUUAAUGCACAUGAAGCUUGUGCAGAGAUGGGUAUUGCACCCCAGUUAUUUGGUUGUUAUAGUGUUUUAGGAGGAUGGAAGGUAGUUGUCAUGGAGUACAUGAAAGAUGAUUAUUCCAACUUGGCAGAAGAAUAUUAUGAACCAUCUUCUGUGGAUGAAAUCAAGAAGUCUGUAAAAGAAAAAGUUGAAAAAAUGCAUGCAAAGGGUUUUGUACAUGGUGACUUAAGACAAGUCAAUAUUCUUAGGCAAAAAAAUAAUGGAAAUAUUGUACUUGUUGAUUUUGAUUGGGCUGGUAGAAUUCAUGAAGCUAAAUACCCUUUAUAUAUGAACCCUAAUCUUCCUCGCCAUCCUGAUGCAACAGAUUUAGGAGAAAUUACUACGGAACAUGAUUUGUGGAUGGUAGAACAUCUUUUUCCAAAAACAAAGGCUUUCACACAAUAG